GGCAGGCGGCGCCGUUGCCGCUGUGUUAGCGGGGUCGCGGCGCGAGGCGUGGCUGUCGUCCGUGAUCGUGGGUCGUUUCCCUGCCGUGAUGAUUGGUGGUGCCUGUGAGAGGAGGCCGCGGUUACUGCCCCCACUCCGCCCCAGCUUUCCUUAAGGAGCGAAGUGCGAGCCUGCUGGUGAGUGUGCUGCCGGCGCCUCGAAGUUGCUUCCGCCUCUUUCCCCGGUGGAUCUCACGUUGCCCGUCCGCUGCCGAAGGGAUGCCCCGCCAGGCACCAUGGGUGGCGGCUGCCAGAAGUAAACGGCUCUUCCUCAGGGUUUCGCAGGCUUUGAGUGGGGUGAACUCCAAGCCGUGGUGAGCACCGGAAACAUGGCCACUGAUCUCGGCUCUGGGAGAGAGCCAGAUCAGAGCCUAAAUAUGGCAUUUGGACAGUAUAAAACAGAUGAGAUUUUGAGAGCUACUGCUGAGCAGGAAAAUGCUCCUGGUGAUGAUGGCAUGUCAGCAUCUAGGAUGAUGGACCAAAGCUUGUCAGUGCUAAUCAUGGAGUAUAAUAAACACUUGGACGAAAUGAGAGAACAGCUGCAGCUUUAUGAGGUACAAAUGAGUGAGAUGAGACUAAAAUUUGAACAAGUUGCCAAGGAAAAUGAAAGCCUGCAUGCAGAGUUGAAAGAGGCUCUUGAGAAGCAACUGGAAGCUAUUCCUUUCAUGCCUCUGGGAAAUUAUAUUCCUGAAGAUGAAGGCAUAGUGAGAAACCUUCAAGAUCAACUACAGCUGAUAAAUGAAGGAAAAGAAGAAGCAACAGAGCUCUGGCAGACUCUGUUACAGGAGCACGAUCGACUCCAGCAGCAGUACCAGGAACGCAUGACUGAAACGCAGAUUCACAUGGCUGAAAGGCAAAAGCAGAAAAAUCAACUGACUGUCUUUCAACAAUUGAUUCAGCAACUGCGUGUAGACAAAGAAAAAAAAGAGCUGAGCAAUCAGGAGCUUCUGAAAACUGUAACAGAACAGAAUGUGCAACUGGAGCAGCUACGAAAACAACUGAGGCAAGCCAAAAUAGAUGGGCAGACAGCAAAUGCUAAGGUUGAUGAAAUGACCAGGUUGACAGAAAAGCUUCAAGGCCGAUUGAAAAGAAAGGAAGAGGAUGCGGUAUCUGCCCUGCAAAGAGAAACAGCAUCUGAUAAACGUUUGCAGCAGAUGCAGUCUAGCAUAAAACAGUUGGAAACAAGAUUGUUUGUUACUGCUGAAGAUGCUGAACUGCUGAGAACAGAACGAACAGCCCUGGAGAAGCAAAUUGGAGAGCUUCAGACAAGGUGUGCUAAUCUAGAAAGGGAGAAGUAUGAUGCUGUUGAAAAAGUCCAGGAUUGCAUACAGCUCUUAGAAGAGGCUAACCUACAAAAAAGUGAGGCACUCUUUAGGGAGAAACAAAAGGAAGAGGAAGUAAAAAAAAUGAAAGAUGAAAUGUCUCAACUUGUGGAAGAUACUGCUGCAGGAAUUAGAAAGGCAGUAGACUCUGCAAAGAAGCAAUACAACAUUCAGAUUUCUCGGCUAACAGAAGAAGUUUCAGCUCUUCAGAUGGAGUGUGGAGAAAAACAGAGUCAAAUUGAACGAGCCAUUAGAGAAAAGAGAGCAGUGGAAGAAGAGCUUGAAAAGAUUUACAGGGAAGACAGAGGACGUGAAUUUGACAGCAGAAAACUAGAGCAACUGCAUCAGAAGUACUUACUUGCAGAAACUGUGAAAGGUGACCUUCAACUCAGCCUACAGACAACACAAAAUAAACUGAAACAGCUGGAAAUGAACUCUGAGGAAGAGAAAUCUCGUUGCCAGGAAGUUAUUUGUAAAUUGCAAAGCAUGUUGGAUUCAGAAAGAGAAAAGAGUGCCUUUGUCAGUGAACAAAGGCUAAAACUUCAGCAAGAGAAUGAACAAUUGCAGAAAGAAAUGGAGGGCUUGAGAAAACAGGCCACAGAGGCUCAGCAAAAAGCUAAAAUACAGAUAAGCACAAUGGAGCACGAGCAUGCUGUGAAGGAACGUGGGUAUGAAGCUCAGCUUAAGGAAAUGGAAGACACCAGUCAGAAGUCUAAUGCUGAACUCAGACGUCUGUUAGUAGCACAGCAAAAAGCAACAAAUCGGUGGAAAGAAGAAACAAAAAGUCUUACUGAAACUGCAGAAGCCAGGAUCAGUAAGCUAAAAAGUGACCUGAGUCAACAAAAACUUCGUAGCCAGGAGCUCAUUUCUCAGCUGGAAAUGGCAAAUGAGAAGAUAACUGAGGAUGAAAAAUUAAUGAUGGAGUGUCGAGAGUACAUCGAUAGGCUGCAAAGGCGACUGAGCCAGGCAGAACAGAGGGCAACUACAGCAUCUCAGAAGCUCAGCCUGGUAACUGCACAGAAGAAAAAAGCUGAUUCCCUGAAGUAUCUGGAAAAUACUUAAACACGUGCAUUGUUCAUUUACUGUGUUGGAGUUGAGAAGAUUGCUGGAGAAACUUCAUACUGGAACUGUUAAAAGUGAAAUACAGGGCAAGGCUUGUAAAACUCAAGAUAUAUGUUUGCUGGAUUAUUCAGGUAAGAAAGGUGUGGAUGAAGACACUCUAUAUGGAUAGUUAAGAUUGGAAGAAGAAUGCAGAACACUGUAAUUCAAGUCCUUCAUGUAGAUGGAACUAAUCUGAUACUGUGCUGUGGCCAAGUUUUGGUCUGGAAAGCACCAGCUCCAGCUGUGACAAGAUCUGUGCACAGGGAACAGAUACUUCUACUGAAAUCCACGGGCAGCUUUGUUCACGUGCAGUUGGUACCUUUCAUUUUCCUUUGGACUGCAGUAAUUUGGGAAUGUAAUGAAGAUCUUCUGUGAACUGUAGCAAGACACUAAUUACAUCAUGAAUGUCAAAUAAUUGCUAUUUAAUGGUAGGCAUGACGGGUGGAAAAUCUCUCCAUUGCCUUCCAGUGUUAACAGUGUUCAGUUUGUUCUGAUGCCCCUGGGAAACAGUUAAUAAAUAAACUGCUGCUGUGGCUAUUCCUACAGCUCAUUUCUAA